UAUAAAAGAGCAGCAUUUCCAUGCACCUGUUGAGUUUGAGGUAGAAGUAUUAGAAGAUUGUAAGUAGGUAAAUAGAAAUGGCAUCAAGCUCCAUGAAGUGGAGUGCUAAGGAGAAUAAGGAUUUUGAGAAGGCGUUGGCGGAGUUUGGGGAGAACAGCCCGGACCGGUGGGGCAAGGUGGCGAGGGCGGUGGGCACGCGCACACCGGAGGAGGUGAAGGCCCACUAUCAGAUCCUCCUCGAAGAUGUCAGCCAUAUUGAGAGCGGCAGAGUGCCUCUUCCCACACACUGGAAUGGCUCCAGCUCCAGCUCCAGCUCCAGCUCCAGCUCCGACGAGGACGAGAAGCCGAAAGUGGGUUGAUGGUGGUGAAACAAUUAAUUAAAGGUGGAUCUUAUAUGGAAGGGCAUGUUAAUGUGGCAAAUAUAUAGUAGGAAUUAUAUAUGUAAGUCUUGAUGAUUCGGUAUUGGCCAACUUGCAUGUACUUUCAACUUAUUUAUGUUUAAUCUACAUUGCAUGCCCUUUUAUUAAUUAAUAUAUUAUUCUUCAUAA